UAUUAGGACCUGCACUCCUUGGCACCAUACCAUCAACAUGGCAGGGAAAAAACGCGCACUAGAAGACGGCACCUCUAGUCGGAAAGCUAAGAAAGCCAAAGGAUCGUCAGGAAAGUCGCAUGAAAAAUAUCCAGGCGAGGAUUCGUUUCCAGUGGAUUCCACGGUGAUGGCGGAGGAGGUGGAUUUCCCUCGUGGUGGGGGAACUAACUUGACCGCUCUUGAGGAGAAGGAGAUUCGGGCGGAGGCUAUUAAAGGGGUAGACAAGGGACUACUUUCUAAGCCCAAAGUGAAUCGGAGGAAGAGUAAGUCCCAACUCGAGCUCAAACCUGAAGGUUCCAAGAAGGAAGGCCUACGCAUUGAACAUCUCAAUUACAAGCGUAUGGUGCCAGGCACGAAAAUUCUCGGACAGGUUGUCUCCGUCCAACCCCUUGCGCUUGUGGUCUCUUUACCCAACCAACUCGUCGCCCACGUUCCCAUUACAAAAAUCACGUCGCAGCUUAGUCGACUGCUAGAGUCAAUGGAUGUACGAAGUGAUGCUUCUGGCGAAUCAGAUAAUGACGUGGUAGCCGACAAUGUGCCAGAUUUAUCCGAGCUGUUCCAUCCAGGACAGUAUGUACGCUGCGUGGUAACAAAUGCGCACCCACCUGGAACUACAGACCUAACGGGGCUCGCGCGUUCGCGCGACGAGGUUGUCAGGGCGAGUCGUCGAGUGGAGCUCAGUCUUGUUCCCGAGGAGGUUAAUGCUGGGGUUCGCAAGUCGGACUUGAAGGAUGGCUACACCAUGUCCGCUGCGGUUCAAAGCACCGAGGACCAUGGAUAUAUCUUAGACCUUGGCAUCUCUGGGGUGUCAGGAUUCUUAUCCUUUAGGGAUGCACACAAGGAGGGUUCUGUCGAAAGAUUCCGGAUCGGCUGUCUUAUCGAUAUCGUUGUGCUCCGCUUGUCUGCCAAUGGAAGAACAUGCAAUGUCACCACUGACUCAAAGACACUAGUUGCUACAUCGGUGUCGGAGGUUAGCGAUGUAACCUCGGUGCUGCCAGGAAUGCUGGUUCAAUCUUUGGUUACUGCAGUAACAGCCAACGGUCUUGGCUUACAAAUUCUGGGGUUCUUCGAUGCAACUGCCGAUGAAUAUCACCAGUCGCGGACACAGAAAACACCCAAGGUGGGCCAAAGAGUAAAAGCCAGGAUACUAUAUAACAUUCCCGGGACGUCGCCGCCCCGAUUUUCCGUUACACUCUCCGAUCAUCAUCUUGCUCUCGGGGUAAAAUCCGCUGCAGUUGACUUGGAUGGGUAUUCUUUGGUUGAUGCUUUCCCGAUCGGCACUACUUUGGACUCAGUGAAAGUCAGACAUGUGGAGCCCGAGCAGGGUUUACUCGUGGAGGUACAACCCACCAUAUCCCAAGUGUCAGAUGAACAUACGCCUACCCUUUCUGGGACCUCAGGCCAUUGGAAAAUCGCCACUCUGCACAAGGCAAGAGUGAUUGGUCACCACAUGUUUGACGGGAUCCUCCAACUUUCUCUUCGGCCAUCGGUCUUCUUGCAGAAGUUCCUACAGGUUGGGGAUAUUCGAGUCGGGGAAGUUAUCAAGGGGACAGUGAAAAGUUUGACAGAUUCCGCCGUUUUCGUAUCAAUAUCCGAGAGGUUGGAUGGCGUUAUAUGGCCUAACCACUACGCAGACGUACCGCUCAAAUAUCCCGCGAAGAAAUUCAAGGUUGGAGCGAGUAUCAAAUGCCGGGUACUUACUGUUGAACCGGAGCGGAACCGCGUUAUUUUGACGACUAAAAGGACGCUUUUGGAUACUACCCAACCAAUCCUGACUUCCUAUGAAGAUGCCAAAAUUGGCGCUGUUACCCAUGGGGUCAUCUUCGCAGUUUCAGAAAAGGGACUGAAGGUGGAAUUCUUCAACAACGUCAAGGCUACAAUUCCCACCCGCGAGGCAAGUGAAACUGGCGCGAAGUUGACAGACGCCUUUACCCCUGGAAAAGUUACGAGAGUGCGUAUCAUUGCCGUCCGCAAGGAUACUCGGCGUAUUGUCGCAAGCAUACGACAAGCAACGUCUGCCUUUAGCCCAGCCGUCACCGACGUUUCUAGUCUUUCUGUCGGCGACACCGUUCAAGGCGCUAUCGUAGAACUUCAAAAAGCCAACAUCAUACUAAGUCUACAGCCAUCUGAAGCUCGUGCUCAUCUUUCUUUUGUUACACUGGCGAAUAUCCGCGGAACCACCGUCCCGGAACUUAGAACAUCAUUGAAGCCGGGCACUAUUAUAGAUUCCCUUGUGGUCACGUCGGUGGAAGAAGGUUUUGUUGUUGUCGGCGGCAAGCCGGGGUCGUUAACAAAACCCAAAACCAGUUUGUCCAUGGGUACAGUUGCCAUUGGCCAAAUCGUUCGCGGAAGGGUGACUGGGCAUGGCCGUUCUGGAACUACGGUUAAAUUAUUGGCACGCAUCACUGGCUCCUUCCACCCUACGGAUGCUUGCGAUGAUUAUGAAGUUGGAAAUCCUUUCCCCGCCGUGGGCUCUGUUUUGCAAGCGGUAGUCAUAGGUAUUGAUGAAAGCGCCAAUCAUCUGACACUAUCCACCCGACCGUCGAAAAUUUCUCCAGACUCGGCCAAUCCACCAGUGGACCGCGAGCUAAGUUGUUUUGAAGACUUGAAGAUGGGCGACACCAUCAGAGGUUUCAUUAAGAGCGUGUCUGAACAUGGCCUCUUCGUUACGAUUGGUCGUGGCAUCGAUGCAAGGGUUCAAAUCAGGGAGCUUUUUGAUGAGUACAUCAAAGAUUGGAAAAGUCGUUUUGUCGCCAACCAAUUGGUUAAGGGCCGGAUACUUAGCGUCGACGUCGAUAACAAGAAAGUUGAAAUGACGUUUAAAUCGGGUGAUUUAGCAAGGAGCCACUCAAAGAUGAUAACUUUCAAUGAUCUACAAGAAGGUCAGAAGGUGAUGGGUAAGGUGAAGCGUAUUGAGCAAUAUGGCCUUUUCAUCGUGAUCGAUGGUUCCAAGGUUACGGGACUCUGCCACAAGUCGCAGCUAUCUGACAACAAGGAUGCGGAUGUAACUAUUGCGCUGCGUACUUUCAGGGAAGGCGAUAGAGUCAGGGCCAUCAUCCUUUCCCGCGACUCAGAAAAGAAGCAAUUGUCGCUGGGCCUAAAGCCAUCUUAUUUCGCGGGGGAUGAGGAUAUAGAGGUCAAAGAUGAUCAAAGCUUGAAAGGGGAUGGCAGUUCUGCAAGUGAAGCUGAGAUAGAAGAAGAGGACGACCCUAGCCACAUGUCCGACCAAUCUACGGAAGAGAACUUGGAAGAGGCCACUGAAGACGAUGGCGAGGACGAUCAGCGGGGUAUCGGUAUCGAGAAUCAACCCGAGGAACUGUCCGUUUUGAGUCAGAAGAGGCAGGUCCCUCUCAAACUCGAAGGAUUCCAGUGGUUUUCCGGGGAUGUGAUAUCAGAGGACUCCGGGCCUGGAAGCUGUAGUGAGGACGAAACCGAGUCAAGGAAGAAGAAACGAAGGAAGCGGAAAGAAAUCCAACAAGACUUGACCACAGAUAUGCACACCAAGGUUCCCGAAUCCUCCGCUGAUUUUGAAAGGCUGUUAUUGGGGUCUCCCAAUUCCUCUUACCUGUGGAUCCAAUACAUGUCCUUCUACCUGCAGAUGUCCGAGAUAGACAAGGCUCGGGCAAUCGGCAGACGUGCAGUCCAGACUAUUAACUUCCGCGAGGAACAGGAGAGGCUCAACGUUUGGAUAGCUUUACUCAAUAUAGAGAACACUUACGGUUCAGACACGACGAUGGAAGCAGUCUUCAAGGAUGCAGCGCGACAUAACGACUCGAAAACGGUCCAUCUUCGACUUGCGGUCAUUUUCGAAGAUAGCCAAAGAUACGAGAAAGCUGAGGAGCAAUACAAGCGGACGUGCAAGAAAUUUGGGCAAAGCUCUAAAGCGUGGACAUUAUUCGCUGAGCACUACCUGCGACGCGGACAACUCGAAGAGGCUCGCAAAUUGCUCCCGCGUUCCUUGCAAAGUUUAGAAAAGCAGAAACAUAUCAAAACAAUAUCAAAAUUCGCGCAAAUGGAAUAUAAGCUCGGGGAUCCCGAGCGUGGUAGGACCAUCUUCGAAGGUAUCGUGGAUUCGCACCCCAAACGGUGGGAUCUUUGGUCUAUCUACAUGGACAUGGAAGCAAAACAAGAGGAUAUCCAACACUUGCGGAACAUCUUCGGCCGUGUUCUCGCCAUCAAGAUGACGAGCCACAAGGCCAAGUCCUUCUUCAAGAAGUGGUUAAACCUCGAGCACAAGAUAGGUGACGACGAGGGUGCUGCUACCGUGAAACAGAGAGCAAUUGAGUGGACACAGCGAGCUGCGGCAGCAUCAUAGUAAUACCUCAACUUGACGAUGACUUA